CUACUGACUCCCGCAUGCGCGGUGGAGCUCCAUCUCCGGCCGCACAUGCGCAAAUGUAGCGUGGAUUACCGCGGCCGUGUGUCGCUCCUCUGUCACAACAAACCAGGAUCUCGAAGGCGCCUCUGUACCAUGGUCACCCCGCCUGUGCGACCUCCCCCCUGCAGUCAAACACCUGCUCAACAGGUAGGUUCACUCCAGCCGACCGGUUCUCCGUCUUACGGCGACAGAGGUUAAAGAACACGGCCACUUCCUGUCGCGCUAGUUAGCUAGCUAGCUAGCUCACUGCUCAAUGAAGUUCGUUCCGGAAAGCUCAGUGUUGCUCGCUUGGUUUGUUUCUGGAGCCGUUUGGACCGUGUUGCUACUGUUGUUGUUAUUGGACCUGAGUAGUGCACUGACUCAGCCGGCUUUCUCCCUCCUAACACAACAUUCUGAAACAGUGAGACAUACGCUCGUUAUGACGUCACAGAGACUAGUGACGUAAGGCGUUAACUUGAAUCCCGUCAUUAUUCACAUGUAUAUAAUCGUUUCUCACUGUGGUUUUUAAAGAUAUGCGCCAGUAUUUAUCAUCAUUUCAGACCAGUAAGUUUGUUUCUUUCCUGCAUCCAUUCACAUGUAACUCUUUUUAUCUUCAGUGUUUCUGUUAAAUGUCUGUUUUCUUCACUGGUAUUCCAUGUUGUUCACGUCUGUUUAUUCUAAACGGAAUAACCAGGGACAGGAUUUUUCAGUGUUGUAGCUCCCCCCGUCCACAGAUGUGGAGGUAACAGCUUUGCCUCUCGGCGCCAUGGUAUUUUGUUUUUUAAAUGGUCCCGUAACGAUGCUCUUAAGCCGCAACAUAACAGGCAUUUCAGUGAGGAAAAAGGCGCAACACAAGCGUGUUCAGAGACACUAGGCUCCUGCGACGACAACAACAACAACAACAACUCCGGGGAAGAAAGUUCACAAUCCGUUUUAUUGUUAUUAUUAUUAUUAUUAUUAUAGUGAGGAUCCCAUCAACUAGGAAAGUGCUUUGGUACUGUGCCACAAAAAUAAAACAAAGGCUGUUUACGAUGUAGAGAUUUUGAUGAAUUUAGAUGAAUGAAUGCAGAGAUACAUACAAUACGUACUGUAAAGAAAAGACAGCGUCCAGUGGUUAUUCCUCCUAGGUGAUUGGAUUAGACGUCUGCAUUGCAAAUCCCAAAAGUAGAACUCAAGGAAAGCUCAGGUCUGAAGAGGUAAACUGAGAUUAUAUCUGUCCAAAAAUGACAAAAAGACAAGAUCAGAAUAUUGUAAACAAAGUUUAUACUGCCCUUGUUGUCAUUGCAAAUGUGCUUAUUACAAACUCAGACUAACUGUUGGAAUUGCUAAAUUCUAAUUUUAACAUUAAGAAUUGUCAAGGGAAUAUGAAUGUAAUGGAUUAUAUAUGUAUAUAUACACACACACAUGCAUGUUGAACCUGUGAAGGCACCUGCUGUGAUCGUGGCUGGCAGCAGCUCAGUGUCUCACUGCUGCCCCCGUCACUCAGUUCCAGGCAGAAGCACCAGGUGGCGCUGCUGGUGAAGUGUGUCUAGCCUCGUGCCGCCGCCGCUGUCCUCACACGCGCGGUCGGUACGAAGCCAUGUCCGAACUCUGUGUUCACCUUCUCUGGUUUCCUCCCCCCCGAACGCCAAGCUGCAUCUGUCCCGGCCCCUGGAGACACCUGGCACCCGCCUCGCCAGCCCAUCAUGGUGGACCUCAGCAAGUGGCCCCUCUUCAGUCUGAUGAGCCUGCAGGAGCUGGCGUCCAUACGUCAAGCAUGCGUGUUCGGCAACUCGGCCAACGAGGCCAUUUACGUCACCAGCGACGACGAGGUGAGGCUUUGACUGAGGGAGGUGAGGAGCCCGGGUCCUCCAGGCUGGAGCGCUCGGCUCCUCCGGUCCUCCUCACGCCCAACAUGCUUCACCCAGCCGCUCUUCUCUGGCCUCGCACGAGUCUGGUGUUUGUCUUUGGCCUGAACUGCAGCAACUGUCUGGGCACCGGAGACAUCCAGAGCACCAUGGUGCCCAAGAAGCUGGACUUCCUGACCGGGAAGAAGGUGGUGAGCCUGAGCUACGGCAGCGGGCCCCACGUCCUGCUGGCCACUGAAGAGGGGGAGCUCUUCGCCUGGGGGCACAACGGCUACAGCCAGCUGGGGAACGGAACCACCAACCAGGGCGUGGCCCCCGUGCUGGUCUCCACCAACCUGGUUGGCAAGAAGGUGGCGGCGGUGGCCUGCGGCUCGCACCACUCCAUGGCUCUGACGGACACAGGAGAGGUUUACGCCUGGGGCUACAACAACUGCGGGCAGGUGGGCUGCGGCUCCACCGCCAACCAGCCGUCGCCGCGGCGAGUGGCCUUCCGCCUCCAGAACAAGGCGGCGGUCAGCAUCGUGUGCGGCCAGACCUCCUCUCUGGCCGUGCUGGACAACGGAGAGGUCUACGGCUGGGGCUACAACGGGAACGGGCAACUGGGACUCGGCAACAACGGCAACCAGCUGACCCCCUGCCGCCUGGUGGACCUGCAGGGCGUGUGUGUCCAGCAGGUGGUCUGUGGCUACGCCCACGCCAUGGCUCUGACGGACGAGGGGCUGCUGUACGCCUGGGGCGCCAACACCUACGGCCAGCUGGGCACCGGCAACAAGAGCAACCAGCUGAGCCCGGUGCAGAUCAUGGCCGAGAAGGAGAGGAUCAUCGAGAUCGCCGCCUGCCACUCGGCGCACACGUCGGCGGCCCGGAGCUACAGCGGGCAGGUCUUCAUGUGGGGCCAGUGCCGGGGCCAGUCGCUGCUGCUGCCGCACCUCACGCACUUCCAGUACACCGACGACGUCUUCGCCUGCUUCGCCACGCCGGCCGUCAUGUGGCGGCCGAUCUCCGUCGAUCCCGACGACUUCCUGACUGUGGCCCAGGCGCUGAGGAAGGAGUUCGACAACCCGGAGACGUCCGACCUCAAGUUCUGCAUCGAGGGGAAGUUCAUCCACGUCCACAAGUCCAUCCUGAAAAUCCGGUGUGAACACUUCCGGACCAUGUUCCAGGCCCACUGGAACGAAGACAUGAAGGAGGUGAUCCAGAUCCAGCAGUUCUCCUACCCGGUCUACCGCUCCUUCCUGCACUUCCUCUACACUGACAGCGUGGAGCUCCCUCCCGAGGACGCCAUCGGCCUGCUGGACUUGGCCACGUCGUACUGCGAGAACCGACUGAAGCGUCUGUGCCAGCACAUCAUCAAGAGAGGGAUCACGGUCAGCAACGCCUUCGUCCUGCUGUCGGCCGCCGUGCGCUACGAUGCCGAGGACCUGGAGGAGUUCUGCUUCAAGUUCUGCGUCAACCACCUGACCGAGGUGACGCAGACCACGGCCUUCUGGCAGGUGGACGGGAACCUGCUCAAGGACUUCAUCUCGCGGGCCAGUCGCUGCGGCGCCUUCAGGAACUGAGGUCUGCGGGAGCUUGCUCCGCUUUCCUCCCAGAUCAGUGAGCGCCAGCGUCAAACCCAAGACCUCUGAGAUCAGAGCGCGUUGACGUCAUUCCACAACCGCCACCUUCUCAUCACGACCUCUGGGCUGAAGUCUGGACUGUGAAGGUCACAGUUACGAGGGGCAUUGAACGCACCGCCAGGUCUUAUUGGCUCCUGUUGCUGAGGUGUCGGAGGAGACGCUGCUGAAUUCUCUAAACCAAGUGUGGAAGUUGUCCCUGGUUUUGUGGCCAGUUUAGCUGCGGAGUGGACGAGUUACUUCCCCUGGAUCUCAUCUGUUACAAGCCUCUUUGCUUCCACCAGCGACUCUUCAUUCUUCUCGAUCGUCCCACGAGAGGCUCUGCUGCUGUUUUGUCAUUUGUUACUGUGCAGAACUGGGUUCUCUGUAAAUACUUUUUUUUUUUUUUAACGAUUAAAAUGUUUCCUCAAAGUGUCAACGGCUCGUCUGUUGACUGUUGGUGCAUCAUGAAACCAUGGUGGCGAGAUCGGAUCUGGUCGCUAUAGAAUUUGGGGAAAAUAAAAUGAAUAAAUAAAUAAUCAUUACAGAAAAAAA